AUGCGCAUUGGUCUUAGCGCAAAGAAUAAGAUCGGGUUGAUCGAUGGAUCCAUCAUAAACCCAAAACCCACAGAGGCAAAAUACGCUACUUGGAAGCGAUGCAAUGACAUGAUGUUGCUUUGGAUAGUGAAUUCAGUCCACUCGGACAUUGCUGGCAGCAUUCUCUGUACCGACACGGCAGCUGGCGUUUGGAAUGAUCUCAAAGACAGGUUUUCACAAGGACUAAAGCAACUUGCUGAACGAGAAGAAAAGGAAAGAGUCAUGCAAUUCCUUAUGGGAUUGAACGACUCUUACGCCACCGUUCGUAGAUUGAUCUUGAUGAUGAGCCCACUUCCUGACACACGCAAGGUCCAUGCCUUGGUCCUUCAGCAAGAGAGACAAGUCGAAGUAGCCUCUCGGCGUGAAAAUUUAAGCAACUAUCAUGCGAUGCAGACAAGCCGUUCCACCACCACUCAGGGAACGACGUCCUCAAAGAAACUGCUCAAGUGCAGCUACUGUGACGGAGGACACCUUGUAGAUGAUUGUUUUUACCUCAAUGGCUUUCCAGUGGGCCACAAAUUUCAUGGCAAGAAUGUGAAGCCAAAAGGCAAGAAACCAUCAGCUCAUAAUACACAGACAAGUCCACCUCAGCCGGUCAAAACAAUGCCUAUCGAGGGACCCACAUUCACUACGGAAGAAUACAAUCAGAUCAUGGCCAUGCUUCGAAAAGGAAACGGUAAUACCCAAUCGUUCGCCAAUGCUACAGUGGAGUGA